UCAUUCAGGAACCCUUUUGUGUAGAAACACACACUAUAAUACACACGCAGUCACAUCCGUAACCACCGGAAUAUUCCCAUAUACAAAAGCCAGAGAGUUUAAUGGUUGGAUGCUUGUGUUCUGCUGUGUCCGUCAACUCAUUUCAUACACUAACCCAUUGGAUCGCCAUUGGAUUAAUCUAAAGAGAAGAGGAUUGCGCCUUCAGUUCAACAGCAUCUGAGACAUUCGGUUAAAAAAGGACAAAGAGUGUGUCAGAUGGGCAGCAACAGCAGCAGUAGACUCUUCAGUACUCUGGCCCAGACUCUGAGCAGCGCUGCAUUGACAGAACCACAUGUGGAUGCUGAUGACUAUGAGUAUGAGCAGGCCGAUCCAGACGUGCUGCUGCGCGAGUGCGGGGAGGUUUUAAGGAAUCGACCACCUCGACUGCACCGGGACUUCAUCAUGACCAGAGCCUGUUCACUGCAGAAUUCACCCCUGCGCAUCAUGCAGUGGAAUAUUCUGGCUCAAGCUCUUGGCGAAGGCAAAGAUGGUUUUGUGCGCUGUCCAAUGGAGGCGUUGAACUGGUCCGAGCGCAAGUAUCUCAUCCUAGAAGAGAUACUCACCUACAGGCCAGACGUGGUGUGUCUGCAAGAGGUGGACCAUUACUUUGACACAUUCCAGCCUGUGCUCUCCAGCCUGGGCUACCAGAGCAGCUUCUGCCCCAAACCCUGCUCCCCCUGCCUGGACGUCCACAAUAACAACGGCCCGGACGGCUGCGCUCUGUUCUUCAACCGCCGCCGCUUCGAGAUGCUCCACACGGCGCAUCUCAGACUCUCCGCCAUGAUGCUCAAAACCAACCAAGUAGCCGUCGUCGCUACGCUUCGCUGUAAGCUCUCAGGACGAGUUUUCUGUGUCGCCGUAACGCAUCUAAAAGCACGAAGCGGAUGGGAAGCAUUUCGUAGCGCGCAAGGAGCAAAUCUCCUCCAGCAGCUUAGCGAAAUAACCUCCCAAUCCAUCCCAGAGAUGCAUCAGGACAACCAAACCGAGGGUAUUCCUUUGAUAGUGUGUGGGGAUUUUAAUGCAGAGCCCAGUGAGGAAGUGUAUCGGCAUUUUAGGAGUUCUCAAUUAGGGCUAGAUAGCGUUUAUAAGUGUCUGAGUGACGACGGGACCACAGAGCCGCCUUAUACGAGCUGGAAAAUCCGGCCUAGUGGAGAGAGCUGCUCCACGCUGGACUAUAUCUGGUAUUCGGAGAAAGCGUUCGAGGUGGACGCUGUGCUGAGGAUACCGAGUGAAGAGCAGAUCGGACCGGAUCGGCUUCCUUCAUUUCAUUAUCCGUCAGAUCAUCUGUCUCUGGUGUGUGACCUCAGCUUCAGUCAGCAGCCUCAUAGGCUCAUGUAGCUGUCAAUCAUUCAUGCAGACGUUAUUAGAGCUUGUGUGUGCGAGCGUGUGUUUGUCUGAAUGUGAGAAUGCAUUAGUUGUAUUAUAGCGCAGAAUGUAACUUAUUCACAUACACCUUAUUUGUAUGGAGGAAGAAACGUGCAAAAACAAUAAAUAAAUA